AUGGCCAAAAGCAAAAAAGUCCCCCUUCGACCAUCGGACUUUAAGCCUAAUUUUUCACUUGGUUUGGUUGUAGUUAAUGAUAAUUAUGGUUCUUGGUUUUGCCGUCAUAUGAUAGAAAAAUGUGACAUCUGCGAUAAGGAAAUAGGAGUUAAUGGUCAAAAAUACUGCACGGAGCAUAACAGAGAAUAUGAAAAUGAUUGUCGUGGUAAAGAGGAAGAAGCGCAACAAAAGAGAGAUUACGAAAGAAUAUUUGGAACCCAAGCACCAACUAUUUCCCAAUUGCGAAAUUAUUACUUGAAAGAGGAAAAUAUUUUUGGAAAAAAUGAUAGUGAAAAAUCGCAAAGAACGCUUAGUUUGCAGCACAAAACCAUCCUUCAAGACCCCUUGAUUGACAGUGAGGAUGCCAUAAUAAGUGCAACUCAUUUAAUUAGUUAUAGCGGUUUAAAAAAGGCUAAUUUGAACGAUAAAGAACUAGCAAAAGAAAUUAAAACUGAUUCUUAUUUUUGCGAGAAGUUAACCAAGUUUCAUAAUUCUCCACCCGAUAGUGCAACGGGUAAA